UCAGCCCUUCGGCAGCUGCAAUCCGGAUUGCGGGCAGCGGUUUCGGGCAGGGGCGGGUCGCCUCCCCUCCAGGACUCCCAGGCUUUCCGAGGGCAGGGCCGGGGCGAUGGGCGCCAGGCCGUGGAGGGCAUCCAGGGAAGGCGUGGGUUGUUGAACGGGAGUGCCGCGGGCGAGCCCUGCCGCGUCCCCGGGCAGGACUGCAGGGAAAGCGAGGUGACAUGUGCAGCCGAGGCUUUAUUGUGGCCUCCCGGCGGGGGAGCCUCGGCUGGACGCUCCGCUGAUUCGGAGGAUGUCCUGGGCGAAAGAGGCGCUGUCCGGUUGCAUCGGGGAGUUACGGGGCUGCGAUGCCGCGGUAGAUAAAUCGCCGGGCGGGAGGAGAUAAAAUGGGGGUUUCCGGGUCUCUUUGCCUGGCGGAGUUGCGGGUGGAAGGGUAGCGCGGCCGGCUUUGUAGGCAGAGCUAGAUGGCAUCAUGUGGGAUGUUCCCCAUUUAGGGAGGGGGGGCAACUCGGGGGCGAGAGCUGCUUUUUCCUCUGCUGCAGUGGGGCUUUUUUGGGGCGGGGGGGAGAGAAGGCGGGUCAAUCUCUGAUGUGCCAAGAGGCCUUGGGGAAAUAGUUUUAAUUAGCUGAGAAGUAGCAGCUGUUAAUUGGGGUGCGGUGGUUUUCUCCAGAGGACGACCUAGUAAUAGAAGGAUGCAGGGCAGAGUCGAUCUGUGGCGAUACUUCAAGGCUUUUGUGGGUUAAAAAGGUUACAAGGGCAUAGAUAUUCUUCCUUAAGAUGGGCUUGUGAUUCAGUGGAAGAUAAUCCUCUCUGUUUAGGUGCCUCUGUGAACCAUGGCAGCUUUGGCUGUGAAAAAUUAGGGCUUUUCAAAUUUGACUUUAGAAUGAGAGCACUGUGUUAUUUAUAUAUAUAUAUUUGCGUUGCUGAUGUCUCAUAUGAUGCUUCCUGUUAAUUUAAAUGGAGUGGAGAUUUUGUAGUUUACUCAACCUAUUCUCUUAAUUUUAUCUGGAUAUUAAAAGACACUAUAUUGAUUCCUAUGUAAAUAUAUUAAUCAUAUGAUUGUAUUGUAUGUUGAUGUUUUUCGAUGGAAGCUACCUUUGAGUUAGCUGUUUAAUUCUUUGAUUGUAAGCAUAAAGCGGUUUAUUAUUGUUGAAAGUGUAUCCCUCUUAUUCCAUUAUAUUCAAACUGGGAAACAUAUGAAAGACUUAAUCAUUGCUUCCCAUUAAUGAUAAUUUGAUUGCAGAAACUUUAUUUGCAUUCCUGAGAUACUACUUUUCUUGUUCUGGGAAAAUAUUGCUGUGGUGUGGAAGUGUCUGGGAAAAUAGCUGUGGAUACUCUUAGGAGAUACCAAGUUUGAACAGUAGACCUUAGGCUGAAAGAUUUUGGGGUAGAACCAUAUAAGAAAACCUGUUCCCUUCAGGAUUACAUGUCUGAUUUUUUUUAAAGGUCCGCCUAAACUACUGAAAGGAGCAAUAUUCAAUGCAAACAUUCAACAGGGUAACUUUCUUCUAUAAAGUGUUGUUAAAUACUGGAGCAAAACUUAUCAGGUUUUUUUAGGAAUAACAUUCAACAAAGAGAGUGGUGUGUUUCCACCUUCAAUGUUCCCACAAGCCAUGUCUGCUUUUGGGGAUGCUCAUGAAUGGUAUAUGGGGGCUCUAAGUCGUCAGGAAGCAGCUGCAUGUCUCCAGGGACAUCGCCAUGGGACCUUUCUGGUACGGGACAGUACUACAUGCCCUGGUGACUAUGUCCUCUCUGUCAGUGAAAACUCCAAGGUUUCACACUACAUCAUAAACAGCCUCCCUGGCCGUUUACGGAUUGGGGAGCAUGAAUUUGAUGGUUUUCCAGCUCUUUUAGACUUCUACCGCCUGCACUACCUGGAUACUACCACCCUGGUAGCCCCCCUGGGACGCGUUGUAGCCCCUUUCUCUGCCCAGCCACCUCCUGCUGGCGAGUGGGUCCGUGCCCUCUAUGACUUUGUCGGCCGUGACCAAGAAGACCUUCCCUUCACCAAAGGGGAGCCUUUGCGAGUUUUGGCCAAGCCAGAAGAGCAAUGGUGGACAGCUCAACGUGCCGAUGGGCGUGUGGGUAUGAUACCUGUGCCAUAUGUCCAGCCUUGUCCAUAUGCUCAUCCCAGCAGUCAUGGCGCCCCCCGACACGCUCCUGUAAUAGCCAGGGCAGUGCAACGAAGGGUGCCUGGUGCCAGUGAUAAGACAGCACUGGCUUUUGAGGUGGGUGAUCUCAUUGCAGUCACCAAGAUGAAUGUCAACGGCCAAUGGGAGGGAGAGCUGAACGGGCGCCGUGGACACUUCCCUUUCACCCAUGUCAAAGUCCUAGACUCUGAGGAAACCAGCUGAACACCCAGUGAAACACCUGAACUGUUGCUGACCCUCACAAUGCUCUGAAUUCUGAAUUCCCUUUGAACUUCUUGAACUUUUUGAUGUGAGCAUUAAAUUAUGACCUCCUCAGUAGACUCUUGUGAUGAUCCAGCUCAGUUCCUCGGACAUGGGCGCUGUAACCAUCUUCACCUCAACUUAGGAAAGCUCCUCCUUGAUAACAUUAUUCUUAAAUGCUAUUGUAGUUGAUUUGAUAUACUUUGAUUUUUCUGGGCUUGUUCCUUUUUGCUUCCUAAGAACCUUACUGCUUUGGCCUUGUGAUUUUCAAUUAUAUCCCCUCGAAUUUGCUUCAUUUGCAUUCUAUGACCUCUGAGCUUUCAUGAGGAAUCCUUUGCCUUCCUGUUUUCCUUGGGCCUUGCUUGCUUGGAGAGAGAGAAGUGGCCAUAUGCUUGGCUUUGAUCAGAUAAACAGAAGCGUCACUUCUUACAAGACCCUUGCUCAACGUCUGUUUCAAAACCAACUUGUUAAUUAAAGUUUCCUGCUGAUUAUUUCUCAGCUGCUAUGGACUUCUUUGGGGGGGGGAGGCUGGUGGAGGAUGGAUCUGGGAAAAAAGUAACAGUGCUGCCAUGGUUACUAGCAUCACAACCCAGGCCCUGCAGGUUGCCAUGGGGAACUGGAUCACAGCCUAUUGCUGCAGAUAGGCUGAAGAUUGCAGCAGUAUGCACCACAGAUGUGGUUUUGGGCCUCUGAUCUCCACCUGUUCCAUCAAGCUUCCCUUUCCAUGCGUAGGAACAACUCCUCUGGCUCACUGGUGCAGUAUUUUUCCUUACUAAAC